UCUUCUCCCUAGGAAAAACACAUAUACACUUGACUGUUUAAUUUCCUCCCUUUUCAUUUCAUCAACUCCUCUGUAUAAUUAAGACUUCAAGAUUUAACUGAAGAAAAAUGGAGGGCGAAUGUAGUUGCAGUUUUUACCAAAGGGCUAAGCCUUAUAUAGCCAUGAUUUCCUUGCAAUUUGGGUAUGCAGGAAUGAAUAUUAUUACCAAAGUUUCUCUUAAUAGGGGAAUGAGUCAUUAUGUUCUGGUUGUCUAUAGGAAUGCUUUUGCUACUGCAGUUAUUGCUCCCUUUGCUCUUAUUCUUGAAAGAAAAAUUAGGCCAAAGAUGUCACUCAUGAUGUUCUUGCAAAUAUUUGUAUUGGGUCUUUUGGGACCUGUGAUUGAUGAAAAUUUUUACUAUGCUGGACUCAAAUAUACAUCCCCAACAUUUUCUUGUGCUAUGAGCAACAUGCUUCCUGCUAUGACAUUUGUCAUGGCAUUUCUCUGCAG